AACAAUACAAAUAAUUUCCUUGGCUUAUAUGCACUUUGUAGUGAAUUCCCAAAAUAUUGUACGGUGGCAAAAAUUAUAUACUCUUCCUGCCACAGACAAUAGUAUUCUGUGCUUUUGUCUAUACAUAAUCACCUUUUUUUUAAAUCAGUAGGAAACAUUGUGAAUGAAAUGACCAUAAAUGUUAGAAUAACAGUCUUGCAAUGUUUUAAGUCGCUACACAAGGCAAGAAAAAAAGUCUUUAAAGGUGAUGAUAGGGCGUUAACAGAAAGCAGGAAUAGAAUUAAUACAGAAUUUAAAAAGAAUAAGCAUAUUCAAAACCACCAAGCCAUUUUGGAAUUGAUUGAAUAUGCAAAGGCCAUUGAAAAAGAAGUUCGCACUUGCGUAAUACAAGCUAAAGAAGUCAAAUCUGGAGUAUAUCAGGCCCAAAUAUUGGAUGAGACUGCAAAGUUAGACAAUGUGUUGUUUAAGGAUGAACAUGUUAAACAGCAAUAA